AAAAUUGAGUCACACAACAACAAACACUUCCGAUUCCCUCAAAAACUCAUUUUCACGCGAUUUGAUUCUUCUCUGCGUUUUUUUUUUUUUUGUGUUUGUUGAAUUGAAAUCGAGAAGAUGGAUGAAGAUUUCGAGAUGCCUCCGGUCGGUGGAAUGAACGACGACGAAGACAUGGAUUUCGGUGACGCCGCCUCGUUUCUUAAAGUCGGUGAGGAGAAAGAGAUCCAACAAGGUUUGAAGAAGAAGCUUCUUAAGGAAGGUGAUGGAUACGAGACUCCUGAUAAUGGCGAUGAAGUUGAAGUGCAUUACACUGGGACUUUGUUGGACGGGACGAAGUUUGAUUCGAGCCGUGAUAGAGGAACGCCUUUUAAAUUCACUCUUGGACAAGGUCAGGUUAUUAAAGGAUGGGAUAUUGGUAUUAAGACAAUGAAGAAAGGUGAAAAUGCUGUUUUCACUAUCCCGUCAGAGCUAGCAUAUGGGGAAUCUGGUUCACCGCCAACAAUUCCUGCGAAUGCCACGCUUCAGUUUGAUGUGGAGUUGCUUACAUGGGUUAGUGUGAAGGACAUAUGCAAGGAUGGUGGUGUGUUUAAGAAGAUUCUUGCUGUGGGAGAGAAGUGGGAGAACCCAAAGGAUCUCGAUGAAGUUUUUGUUAAGUUCGAGGCUAAACUUGACAAUGGUACCGUUGUUGGGAAAUCUGACGGUGUAGAAUUCACUGUUAAAGAUGGCCAUUUCUGCCCUGCACUUGCUAAGGCUGUGAAAACCAUGAAAAAGGGUGAAAAGGUUCUUUUGACAGUUAAACCACAAUAUGGUUUUGGGGAAAAGGGCAAGCCAGCCUCUGCUGGUGAAGGUGCUGUUCCUCCAAAUGCUACACUUGAGAUCAAUCUGGAGUUAGUUUCCUGGAAUACAGUUUCAGAAGUAACUGAUGAUAACAAGGUUAUGAAAAAAAUCUUGAAAGAAGGGGAAGGAUAUGAGCGUCCUAAUGAGGGGGCAACUGUGAAAGUGAAAUUGAUAGGAAAACUUGAAGAUGGAACUGUAUUCCUGAAGAAAGGUCAUGGUGAGGAUGGGGAACUGUUUGAGUUCAAAACUGAUGAAGAGCAAGUGGUCGAUGGACUUGAUAGAGCUGUCAUGAAGAUGAAAAAGGGUGAAGUCGCAUUGGUGACAGUAGCACCUGAAUAUGCCUUUGGUUCUAAUGAGUCACAACAGGAAUUGGCUGUGGUGCCGCCCAACUCAACUGUCUACUAUGAGGUUGAUCUUGUGACAUUCGACAAGGAAAGGGAAUCGUGGGACAUGAACACAGAAGAAAAGAUUGAAGCUGCAGGUAAGAAGAAGGAAGAAGGAAAUUCCAAGUUUAAAGCAGGCAAAUAUGCCCUGGCGUCCAAGAGAUAUGAGAAGGCUGUUAAAUUCAUUGAAUACGACACAUCCUUCAGUGAAGAGGAGAAGAAGCAAGCAAAAGCAUUGAAGGUGGCAUGCAAUCUAAACGAUGCAGCUUGCAAACUCAAAUUGAAAGAUUACAAGCAGGCUGAAAAACUAUGCACAAAGGUGUUAGAGCUAGAAAGCACCAAUGUGAAGGCCUUAUACAGGAGAGCGCAGGCGUACAUGGAGUUGGCUGAUUUAGACUUGGCUGAGUUUGAUGUCAAGAAGGCCCUUGAAAUCGAUCCCAACAACAGGGAAGUGAAGCUGGAGCAGAGAAAGUUGAAGGAGAGAAUGAAGGAAUUCAACAAAAAGGAAGCCAAGUUUUACGGAAACAUGUUUGCAAAACUAACUAAGGAAUCAUCAAAAGAUGGAGAGCCCAUGAGCACCUAGAGUCUUUGAAAACGUUCUAAAGAACUCUGCAUUUUCAUUUUCUUCUAUUUCCCUUUGUUGCAAUGUUAUUUUAGUUUUAUCAAACUGAGCGUUAGUGACAUUUAUAAAACAGAAGACUUGAUUUAGAGAUUAAUCGCAUGUGUUGUUUCUUUCCUCUGGUA